AUGAAGUCAUUUGAGCGCCUGGUUCUCUCCUACCUCAAGACCCUCACGGCCCCCCUCCUGGACCCCUGCAGCUUGCAUACAGAGCCAGCAGUGGUUUAUAUCCCAAAGAUACAGGGGCUACGAUACAUCCGCACCCUGGCGCGGCUUCACCAAGAUGAGUUGGAGUUAUUAAACCUCCGUAAAGUUUGUUUGGCGGUGACACAAGAGAUUAAAAACAAUCGCUCUUGUGUGUCCUGUGCGGCACUGGACACCGUGGUAUAUUUGUGUGUUCACCUCAAAGAGAGGAUGGACAGAGCAGCUGAUUUAACCUGUGAGAGUCUACUCCAGGUGUUUGCAAGGGCAAAUGCCAAUGAGUUCAUUCAGCAACAUGCCCACGAAGCUCUGACAGCUCUGGUUCAUCAUUGUAGCCCGAGUCGCUUUAUAACUAGCCUGAAGAAGCAUGGUUUGAAACAUAAGAGCGUUCUCGUGAGAGCUGGUGCCGCACUGGGGCUUCUUAUGAUCAAUGAAUUCAUGGGAGCGGAGAAAGUUCUGUCUGCAGGACAGACUUUCACCAAAUACUUCCUGUUGGCUGUCAGUUUAGUGUGUCAGGAUGCUUCCUCUGAAGUCAGAGCUCAUGGAAAGGCCAUCUUAAAAGACCUGGUCAAACAGAAGAACUUCAAAAAGAUGUGGGUAGAAAGCGUCUCGCAUAAAUCCCGCUGUGAGGUGGAAGGAAGACUCAGAGACGUAUUUCAGAAAUAGACACAGAAAUUUCCCACAUCACGUCUGCUUCAGGUAAGUAUGUAUUUCAUUUAAAUAUUUAAUAUAACAUUUACAGUAAUUAAAUAUUUAAUAUGCAUAAAAAACACUCACUUAUUCACCAACCGGUCGAGGCAGAUGGCCGCCCUCCCUGAGCCUGGUUCUGCCAGAGGUUUCUUCCUGUUAAAAGGGAGUUUUUCCUCUCCACAGUCGCUCAUAGGGAUCAAUUGGGUACAAUAACUUUGUUGCUUUUUGGUCCGUCACAUUGAUCAAAAAGCAACAUGUUCUUAAUAGAGUGGCAAGUGAGUGUUUUACAUUUUCCAUCUGUGAACGGUAGCUUCUACCACUCAUUUAUUAAUUUGGCACAAAAUAAAGAAACUUUAAAAAACAACAAA